AAAAUCGCGUGGAGAUUGAAAACGAGAUUACGAAAUCGCGUUUGUUAUCGUCUGCAGAAGUAAGAAUUUGAAUAAUGUCGAGAAGAAACAAGGAAGCCAACAAAGCUAAACAGAUGAAAUUAGAAGAAAAUAACUCGGAUGGAAGCGAAGAAGAAUGUCCCGUGAAUGAAUCCACUCCGAAUAAAAAGAAAAGAGCAUGUUUAGGCGGAGACGAUUCUAUAAUUCAGAAGAAUUUCAGUCAGGAAAUGACUAAACUUUUGGAAAGUUUCAACUCCGAUGUUAGUAAAUGUCUCAUGGCCAAACGAAAACGUCUCGAACAAUAUACUCAGGAUUCGAUACGUGCUACCACUCGACGUGUUUUGGAAGCCACAAAAAUACAAACCUGUGAAAGGAAAAAGUUACUUGACGAGUUUCGUAAACAGUUGAGUGCAUUUAUUCAACAAGCUGAAACUGAAUUAGAUAAGGCUAAAGAAUCUGAGGACAAACUUCAGAAAUUGAUUCAACAGCAACAGAGAUUUCAGUUGCAAGUCAGAGGAUCGCAAAGCAAACGGUUAAAAACUUUGAAACUUUUAGGAGAAGAAUUCUUUAAAGGCAUCGAGGAACUCGAAAGUAAACAUAUUGAUCAAUAUUCUGCUGUCCAGGCAGAUUUAAGGAAAGAAAUGGCAUUAUUACAGAAGAAGAUUUUAAUGGAUACCCAGCAACAAGAAAUGUUGAACGUUAGAAAAAAUUUACAGAGUAUGUUAUUGUAAAUUUAAAAUAUUUUAUUUUAUAACUUUAAUUAUUGUUUCAUUAAGUUUGCUAUUAUUUAAUAUGAAAAGUAUCUGUUACUUAACUAGUUUUCUUUUAUUUAAAAUGAAUACUUUUCUGUAAAAAAGUAAUUCAUUAAUUUGAUAUACUGUAAUUUUAGUUAUCACAUCCUUUAUUGUUAUUACGAUUUGUUUCAUAAUAAAUUUAUACAAUA